UUUAGCAUUACAAAGCUAUAAGCACAGAUCUUUUUUGAAGGACACUUGUCGCUCAAAUUUGUAUUUAUAUUACUCAAACCUUAAAAAACUGAACGUUGAACAAGGAGUUAAGUUUUGGUGUCUGCCAUACAUAUUUAAUUGUUUUUCGUGAAAAAUGGCCAAGGUAAAGACUAAAGAACUCCGAGGUAAGAAGAGAGAAGAAGUAAUGAAGCAGUUGGAUGAGCUGAAACAAGAAUUAGCAUCGCUGCGAGUUUCUAAAGUUACUGGAGGUGCAGCAUCAAAAUUAUCUAAGAUUUACAUUGUGAGAAAAUCCAUUGCAAGGGUUCUGACUGUCAUCAACCAGAACCAGAAGGAGAAUUUGAGGAAGCUGUACAAGCAAAAGAAGUACAAGCCUAAGGAUCUCCGUCCUAAGAAGACUAGAGCAAUGAGAAGAGCCCUCACUAAAAGACAACAAAAUCUUAAGACUCCUAAAGAACAGAAAAAAUUGAGAGUUUGGCCAAUGAGAACGUAUGCUGUUAAAGCUUAAAUAAAUUAAUUCAUCUCC